AAAGAAUCGAGCGGCCCGCACAGCCGCACACUCAAGUCAAAGUAGUCUAGCAGCAUGAUCUCCACCGCCGUCAAGGGCCUCGCCAAGCAGGGCAAGCGCUCCAUGAGCACUAUCCGCUACGCGGAGCUCGGCCACCCUCUCUCCGUCCUCAAGACGGAGGCCGACGACAAGGAGGCGGCUCCGGCGCAGGGCCAAGUGGCGCUGAAGUUCCUGGCCGCGCCUAUCAAUGUGGCCGAUCUUUCCCAGAUCCAGGGCGCUUAUGCUAUCAAGCCCAAGCUCCCGGCCGUGGCCGGCAAUGAGGGUGUGGCCAUCGUUACGGCUGUGGGCUCCGGCGUCACCAACGUCAAGGUCAAUGACCGCGUCAUCCCCACGGGUGCCGGCUUCGGUACAUGGCGCAGCAAGGCGGUGGCCGACAGCGCCGAUGUGAUGAAAGUCUCGGACAAGAUCAAGGUGGAGGACGCCGCCACGCUGGCCGUGAACCCGGCGACGGCCUACCGCAUGCUGGCCGACUUCACGACGCUCAGCAAGGGCGACGUGGUGAUCCAGAACGGCGCCAACAGCGCCGUGGGCCAGGCCGUCAUCCAACUGGCCGCUCUGCGUGGCAUUAAGACCAUCAACAUCAUUCGCGACGACGGCGAGUAUGAUGAGACAGUGGAACACCUCAAGUCCCUUGGCGCCGACAUCGUUUGCACGGCCGACUACGCUGGCUCGGCCAAGUUCAAGGAGCUCAUCUCGGACCUGCCGGCCCCCAAGCUCGCGCUCAACUGCGUGGGCGGCAAGACCAGCUUAGAGAUGGCCAAGGUGCUGGCCAAGAAGGGUGUGCACGUCACGUACGGCGGCAUGGGCAAGGAGGCCGUGGCCGUGGGCACGGGCUCGCUCAUCUUCCACGACAUCACGCUUAAGGGUUUCUGGCUCAGCCAGUGGGUCAAGGACUCGACCGUCGAGGAGCGUGCUGCUAUGCUCUCGGAGCUCGCAGGCCUGGUGGAGGCCGGCAAGCUGCGCACCUGGAUUCAGACAUAUAAGUUCGAGGACUUUGACGACGCGCUGCAGGCCGCCGUCGCCCGCACAACGAAGCGCAAGGUCGUGCUGCUCAUGGAGUAAGUAGACCUUGUUUUUAGUGUCGUACGUCGAGGACAGGGACGCUAGCUAGCUGAUAGCGACUGCGGACAUAAA